AUGUUUGUAUCACUUUCAUUUUGGGGUCUGAUCAUGAUGGCAGUGACAUCACAUGCUCAAGAUCACCCUGGAAACCCUGCUAAUGGCACUUGUACGAAUUGUAAUGGUGCUAUGUACGACAAUGGAGUAUGGCAUAAUGUAUGCACAGAGGAUUUCACCUGCCCACUUGACAUAGCAGAUAUUGAAAAUACUAUUGAGGGAAAAGAAGUUAUGUUCCAUGCAGCAUAUUAUUAUGGCAAUGCAGCAUUCGUGCCUGGUACACGUCACUAUGCAUAUGUGGAAAUACUCGCAGACCGAAUCGACUCCAUUAAAAAGGGCGAUAUAGGAACGGUAGCAGUGCCAACUGACAAUUGUCAGCGAUGUGAGGUCGACGAAAUAGAAGACGCAUGGGUCCAAUUUGUUUGUACAAUUGUGGAUUGUCCAUCAGCCAUCGCCACAGAGAUCGAGUUAUUAGCGACACAUUCUGAGAAAAUCUCAACUCGUGAUAGAUUCUGUUUGGUUCGCAAAAAUGACGAGUAUACCAUCUAUACCUGCGAAUAUUACACUGAUGAUCCUAAUUUCGUUGACGAUCUGAUUCAAGCCAGUACAUAGAAAGAUGGCAAUUAAUUAUCUUUGUGCCAGUUAUCAAUAGUUAGGUACUUUUCAUUGCGUAGUUUUGGAUAACUUCGUACUGUAGACCACGUGCUUCAACAAUUAUACGUUAUCAGUUGCAAGGUCUAC